AUGGACACUAUCUCUGAUCUUGACAAAAAUGUGUCCCCUCAAUUUGCACUACGAGCAUGCGUUUCUUGCAAAUCGAGCAAGAAGAAGUGUGACAAGACCCUGCCAAUGUGCAAUCGCUGUUCCAGGCUCUGUCUAAUUUGCACCUAUGAUGAUGCAGCAGAAGCAAGAGCGGGGGAUUUCACGAGUACGUUUCAAGCCGUCUUUGACAGGCUAGAGAGGCUCGAGUCGCACGUGUUCGCGUCCGAAGAGGAUCGACCUACAGCGGCGCCUGAUCAAUGCACUCCGCCAAGUAUUGAAAGACAGGGAGACGACCGAUCAGACUGGCAGCUGAGACCCAGCCUGCUUCAACCGUCUUACUUGAAACUUAUUGUAGCAAUGAAUCUGUCCAAGAUCCUUGACGAUAGACACACCUCGGUGCGGGCGAUGGGCGAAAAAUAUCUCAGCGUAAUACAUAAUUAUGCACCGGUGAUCUCCAAAGAAAGACUUGAGUGGCGAACUCAAGAGUCAGAAGCUCUUGACCCGAAUACGCCUUUUUUAAUAUUCAUUUUGAGCAUUAUUCUACUAACGGAGGAGCCGGUGGAAAAGUUUGUGUCCUCUGACACAGCGUCUCCUCCGGACUUAUACCGGACUUGCAAGCACAUUCACACCUUAUAUAUGUCGUUCAAUAAACCUUGCAUCGAGAUGAUUCAAUCUGGUGUAUUGAUUGCACUAUACGAACAUGCUCAAUGCAUGGGAAGCCAGGCUUACCUUACAAUUGGCACUUGCGCCAGAAUGGCAGGCGCUAUUGGGCUACUCUCAGCUACCUCCAGUGUUUCUUCGUCCUCAAAACUGGGGAACAGUACAGAGGAAGAGACGAAUAUUCUUCUUGGAAUUUAUAUUCUUGAUAGACAUAUCAAAAUGGCUUCUAGGGUUGUCAUGAAACACAAUAUUUAUGACUACUCUCAAAUUAUAGAGCCCUCGAAAGUUACAGUGAAUAGCCUCAAGUGCGAAGCGGAUGGCUGUGAUAUUUUGAUUCGCCUUCAAGAAAUUCUUGGAUCUAGCGCUCCUGCCGAUAUACCAAGCUUGUCAACUGAUGCGAGAUUGAAUCAUAUCGGAGCCCUAGAAAUUGAGCUCCAGAGCUUGAAGGUUAACUUUUCGGAUCACCGUAAUGACUGUUCGUGGCACAGGUGCAUCGCUACUGCCUUCGCUGCGAAUCUGUGUAUAUACACAUACCGCCAGCUACAAACGGCAGGAGAAAGUGCCGGUGAAAGUUUUGAACAACGUCGCAAAGACAGCUUAGAACUCCUUGGUUUGCUGAUGGAUAUAUCGAGUAGCCAGCACGAUUUGAACACGUCAACUGCAGUCUUUCCUUCUCCUUUUCCUAUCAUAAUCCUGUUCCAGGUAUUGGACGCUAUGAUAUCGCUGGAGAAAUUGGGAAGCGACUCGUUCUUACUCAGAGAGAGACAAAACUUUAUGGACAUGCUUCUGCACUUUAGUACGCGAUGGAGACUUGCAAGGCGUCUAUAUGAAGCCUUGCCACAAACAUAGACUGUUUUACCAUUUGAAAGUCGGUUGCUCAAUGUUUAGUUGAGGUUCUUUUGGG